AUGACGGCCUACGUGCUACGUCGCCUCUCGUCGCCUCUCAUCGCCUCUGGACUCCGGAGGCUCGCCAUCGGCCGGGCUAAGGUAGCGUGCACUAGCAUAGUCAAGUCUGAUACCUCGGUACAGCAGCAGAGGUGCGCCUUCCCAACCACGCCCGCCGCCUACAUGAUCCGCUUCUCGGCCUUCAGAGCCCCAGGCUACUGCUGCUGCCUCCACAUAGCUCUGCCAAGGCAUUGCAGAAACACACGUGCAAACAGAUCCAACGUCGGCAUCCAGACUCUUGGCUCGGCUCCAUCCUUUGACGCUCUGCUAUACCCCACGAUCGAGUCACCCGACGUCCUCGACGAAACUCUGUUUGCCCUGACCUAUCUCGGCACCUCGGUAGCUACCUACCUCGACGGCGGGGCAAGAUCGGGCAAGGGCGACAGGCAUGCGCGGCAGAUGCAGACCACCGUCGCAUGGACGCCGAGCACCAGAAAAGAAGGGCUGACGGCGGUCGGGCAGGUUGCAAUUCGGUCGGAACCUCUCCGGCGGGCCCGCGAGCGCCCGUCACCCCGUCUAAUGUGCCACGAGCAGUCGGGCCUCCGAGCUCUGGACGGGGACCAGGUUCAGAUCCAGGCCCACCGCGCUUAG